AUGGGUCAAUCGCAUUCCAAGGGCAACGCCAACUCGGGCGACCCGUUGCAGUCCUAUCCGUCCUUUUCGAAAUCCGACACCAAAGAAUCCCUCCGCUCGUUCCGUGGCUCCAUUCGCUCGAAGAUUCCCGGUGCGCGCAGCACUAGCACCGACAGCCCUCGUGGCUCGACCACCGCCCUCUCCCAGACCGACAGUCAGGUUGACAAGUCCGACGCCGGCUCGGUCAAGUCCUCUAACAGUCGCCCCGGCUCCAACGCCGGCCUCUCGUCCCCGGGCUCCGAACCUGUCUCGCGCACUGGCUCGCCUGAGCCUCCGCCAUCACCGUCGUUGUCGACCAGUUUGAAGCGCGGUCAUAAGGAUGUGAAUGCGAUGCAGCAGAGUGGCGAGGUGGACCAUGUAUCGGAGGGCCCUCCAUCAGGUGGCCCGCCCGUCGGCACGGCGCUGAAGGCGGGUGAAUCCAUCUUGAUUAAGCGGGAGAACCAACUGAACCCCAUUCUGGAUUUCAUUCUCAACGCCCCGCUCGAAUCCUCUGGGUCCCCUGGAAUGGGCAUGGGCGCUUUGAAGUCCAUCGAUUUGGAUGACAUGAUCUCGAGACUGUUGGAUGCAGGUUAUUCUACCAAGGUCACCAAGACCGUUUGUCUCAAGAAUGCCGAGAUCACCGCCAUCUGCUCCGCCGCUCGGGAGCUUUUCCUGUCUCAGCCGGCGCUCUUGGAGCUUUCUGCUCCGGUGAAGAUCGUCGGUGACGUCCACGGCCAAUAUACCGAUUUGAUUCGCCUCUUUGAGAUGUGUGGAUUCCCGCCGGCAUCAAACUACCUCUUCUUGGGUGAUUAUGUCGACCGAGGGAAGCAGAGUCUGGAGACCAUUCUCCUGCUUCUGUGUUAUAAGCUCAAAUAUCCGGAAAACUUCUUCCUGCUCCGCGGCAACCACGAAUGCGCCAAUGUGACGCGGGUAUAUGGUUUCUAUGACGAGUGUAAGCGGCGCUGCAAUAUCAAGGUCUGGAAGGGCUUUAUUGACACCUUCAACUGCCUUCCAAUUGCCUCAAUUGUGGCGGGCAAGAUUUUCUGUGUGCAUGGUGGUCUGUCGCCCAGUUUGUCGCACAUGGACGAUAUUCGGGGUAUUGCCCGGCCUACCGAUGUUCCUGAUUAUGGCCUGCUGAAUGAUCUCCUGUGGAGUGAUCCGGCGGAUAUGGAAGAAGACUGGGAACCGAAUGAACGCGGUGUCAGUUAUUGCUUCGGCAAGAAGGUGAUUAUGAACUUUUUGCAGCGCCAUGACUUGGAUUUGGUGUGUCGAGCCCACAUGGUGGUUGAGGAUGGAUAUGAGUUCUACCAGGACCGCAUCCUGGUGACCGUCUUUUCAGCACCCAACUACUGUGGUGAAUUCGACAACUGGGGUGCUAUCAUGUCCGUCUCCGGCGAGCUCCUCUGUAGUUUCGAACUCUUGAAACCUCUGGAUUCGACAGCCCUGAAGAACCACAUCAAGAAGGGUCGCAACAAGCGGAACAGCAUGCUGAGCAGUCCUGUAAGCCGGCCAAGCCCCCUUGCUUUCUCCAUUUCUGCUCUCUCGUGCCAAGUGAUCGUCACUGCGCAGUGCGACCAUGCCGAGACUUCCCAUCCCACGUUCAAUAGCUGA